ACUGUCAUCCCCCCUUCCGCCCAUCCUGGAACAGUCACUGAUGCACCAGUGAACAGAUAAGUUCUAUACAACGUCGCUUACAAUAAAAAAAAAACAAUUCAAAUCUGCUAAUACUUUUGACUGGCGUUCGAAUUUUGUCAUAGAUAAAAAACAAAAAUAUAAAAAGAGGUUUUAAUAAUAGUAGUGUCGCGAAAGUGGUGUCUCAAAUAUUUGGACUGAAUUAGUUGGAAAUGUUAAACGGGAAGUUUUUGUUGUGUCUAGUGUUAGUUGCUGCAUGGAACGAAGUACAACCAGCAAGCGUCCCGUUCCUGCCAUCCCGCAUCGGUGACGCAAAUGAAAUCGGGGAGGCUCCUGAUAUGAGAGCGCCGGCUGAGCUGAUGAGAGCACGAGUGAGGGAGGGCGUCCCUCCUCCUCUCUGUGCUGGCAGAUGUGUGUCACCACCAGCAGGACCAGUGUGUGCUUUCGAUGCUACGGGAACUGCUCGGACGUUUGAAACCCUGUGCGAAUUAGAAGAGGUGUCGUGUCGCGAGAGCACGUAUUACGCGAUCACGGGUCUCGGCGAAUGCUGAUGCGGCGAUAGAACACGCAAAGUGCAUUGGUUCUCACAUAAGUGUAAGCAUUACGUACCGCACAGCCUGAGGACGGUCGCUAUAUUUAAUAUUCAACUAUAAUGUAUUACUAUUAAGUGUCAAAUUGGCACAGAAUCUAUCUCAUAACAGUAGCAAAUAUAGCAAAAAUGACGUCAUAAUUUCUCUCUCAUCACGCAAUCCAUAAAAUAUUUCUUCAUUUAAUUAAAUCGAUAUCGUCAAAAGCUUGCUACCAAAAUAAACUGACGUCAACAUUGACCUCAAUAAUAAAUUGAAAAGGUCUUAAAUGUCACAGUGUCUUCCGAAUAAGCCAGAUAUUGACAACUCAAAUGUCAGCUGUCAUACAUCCCACUUCCAAGAUGGCUGCCGUUGAUUAUUUGUGGCGCGAAAAAUUUACAUUGUUAUACUGUUUUGAGUUGGGUAAACUGUGAUGUGUACCUAUUUUUGAUCAAAAAAUGUAAUGUAUAUAGAAA